AUGGCGCCGGCACUCCAAGCUCUCCGGUACAGUGAGCACAAACCUCCGAUUUCGUUUCGAAGUUCCUUUUUCUCCCGCAAUUCCUGGAAGCUCCACUGCAACCAUUUGGCCGACCUCCUGGGUCCGGACGUCGAACCCAGCGGCUCACGCUCACAGAGUACAGCUCCAAUUACAGAGAAGGGAAAACUGAGGUCUUGGGUCGGUCCAAAUGGGCAGUACUACCGUGAGCUGCCCUGCCCCAGCUGUAGGGGUAGAGGUUACACUCCAUGCAAGGAGUGUGGAAUAGAUAGAUCAAGUUUGGACUGCCCUAUGUGCAAUGGCAAGGGGAUUCGAAUGUGUCUACAAUGUAGUGGAGAGUGCGUGAUAUGGCAGGAAUAUGUUGAUGAACAGCCAUGGGAGAAAGUUCGGUCCAGUUCUCCUUUGAAAGUAAAAGAAGAUGACGAAGUUGACAAGUUAGAGAUAAAUAUCAACAACCCCAAAAGAUCAAAGCGUACUUAUGCAUCACCUUCACCGGAAGUUGCCAUCAAGAUUAGCCGAUCUUUAAGAAGUCUAAAUGCUCAAACAGGAUUGUUUACUAAGCACAUGAAGCUUAUACACCAAGACCCCGAAUUGCGUGCUCAAAGAGUUGCUGCAAUCAAGAGAACAAAAGGUACUGCUGCUGCAAGAAAGCGUGCUUCUGAAAUUCAAAAGGCAUUCUUCAGUGAUCCUGAGAACCGGCUCAAGAGAAGCAUUUCCAUGAAAGCAAAUGUGGACAAGAAGGACAUAGAAGCUUUUAUUGCCCUACAGCGAGGAAAGGUUCAACCAGGCUGCAGUUCAGGUGCCGGUUGUGUGGCGGAGAAGGGCAUAAUAGUCGGACAUGUGGAAAACCAAAGUCCGAGAAAGAGCACCAACAACGUCCUCGGCACUGCAGCCGAUGCGGUGAAAUGGGACACAACCGGCGUAACUGCCCCACAUCCACCGAUGUGGGCAUUGGUGCUUCAGGCUAUGUGGUUAACAAAGUUAAUAGUUCUAACUCAGCUGUUUAUUCAUGUAGUCUCUGUUUAG